AUCCAUUUCUCCCGUGGCUCGAGAAUUCCUGCGCGCUGUUGCGAAAGAUUUGUAUACGCGCGGCGUUUACUGUGACUCACACCGGUCAGGUUCACCUGGCCCUACGCGAUGGCGGGGCAGGUGCGAUCUGAGAGCGGUUGUCUCCCUUGCACCAACUGCUGCGUGACAGUCCCGCAGGAUAAAAUCUACGCCGUCGAGUGGUUUGGCAGCUUCAGCUCGGUGAUCGGCUCCGGUCUCCACUUCGUUGGCUUUGACGUCCUCAGCUGCUGCAUCAGUUUUCGCUCCAUCACUAAGAGGGUCGAGCAGAACGAUGUGUUCGUGGAGACAAAGACGAAGGACAACGUCUUCGUGCUUGUGAAAGUGUCCGUCCAGCAGACCGUGAUCCCGGAUCAAGCGGAGUCUGCCAUCUAUAAGCUUGCCAACGUCAGCGCCCAGAUCGAUUCGUACGUGUCCGAUGUGGUCCGUUCGCACGUGCCUAAGAUGAAUUUGGACGAAGCCUUCGAGAACAAGGACGCCAUCUCCAUGGCUGUCCAGGAAACCCUGACGAAGAGCAUGUUCGAGUACGGCUUCCAGAUCAUCAAAGCAUUGGUCACCGAGCUCAAGCCGAGUCAAGAUGUGAUGAACUCGAUGAACGAGAUCAACAAGCAGAAGCGCUUGAGGGACGCGGCAGUGAUGGCCUCCGAGGCCGACAAGAUCAAGGUGGUGAAGAAGGCGGAGGCGGACUGCGAGGCCGCCAGGCUCCAGGGCGAGGGCAUCGCGAAGCAGCGGGAGGCCAUCGUGGAGGGCCUGAAGCGCUCCGUCACGGGCGGGACCAACGAGCAGCUGAGCACCGACAAGAUCUCAGAGCUGCUGCUCAUCACCCAGUACUUCGAGACGCUGAAGGAGAUCGGGGCCAACUCGAAGUCCAACUCGGUCUUCAUCCCGCACAGCCCGGCAGAUGGCGUCAGGGAC